CAACUCUGAAGACCCUACGAACAAUGACCAGCCCUCUAGAACAGCUCCUUGAGGCCGCGGCCAUGGAUUCCGACGGCAUCGUGCAGCCCACGUACAAAUUUUCGGCUGACCUCUGUUACCGCACAAAAGGAGAAGCCAAUAGAAAAGACGGUCUAAAGACAAUCUUGACACGGCUCUACUAUUCUGUCACGAAGGAAGAGUACCAAGGGGCUGUCAGGUGGACUGAGGCUCUGACGCACUGGAUUACCCUCGAGCACGGCGUGCCUCGUAAAGUGCGUGCGGCGUUGACUCAAAUAUAUUACGACCUGGCAUUGACGCCCGGAAUGGAGAGUACGUCAGCGAUGGCAUUCAGCGACAUUGCUCCCAAACUUGUUUAUGACAUGCAUGGCGAACGCUGCCUCGAGCAAGGCAAGGACAUCAAUCUGGAUGUCUUAUACCAAAUGUAG